AUGGUUUCUUUUAUAAAAUUAUUUACCUUAAUAUUUAUUUUACUUAUAUUUUUAAUUAUUUAUUCAUUAUAUUUUAUUCAAAAUUAUUAUACAAAAAUUGAUAAAAUUUCUAGUAAUUAUGAAGAUCUUAAUAUAAAUCAAAUAGAUUUUAAUUUAAUAUCAGAUGAAUUAAAAAGAAAUGUGUCUAUAUUUUGUAUAAUACAUACAAGUCCUAAAUAUAAAUAUAGUAGAGCUAUACAUUUAAAAAAUACAUGGUUAAAAAGAUGUAACGAUUAUUUAUUCAUUUCAACAGAAAAUGAUAUAUCAUUACCAGCAAUAAAAGGAUUUAGAAAAGAUGGUUAUCAAUUUUCUAAUGGAAGGAUAAGGAAAGGUUUAACAUAUAUUUAUAAAAAUUAUGGUAAUAAUUAUGAUUGGUUUUUUAAAGUUGACGAUGAUACAUAUGCAAUUAUGGAAAAUGUAAGAAUGUUUUUAAUGAAUAGAGAUUCACAAACAGAUCAUUAUUAUGGUUAUAAAUUAAAAAUAAAAGAUUAUUAUAAACAUCAAAUAGAAUAUAUGAGUGGUGGAGGAUAUUUAAUUAGUAAAGAAACUCUUAUGAAAUUAGUAACUGUAGCUUUUAAAAAUCCAAAAAUUUGUUCACCAAUGCCAAAUAUACCGGAUGAUGUACAAAUUGGAAGAUGUCUAAAAAAUAUUAAUAUAACAACAAUGGAUUCAAGAGAUAUAUAUGAUAGACAUGUAUUUUUGCCAUCAAGUUUCAGUGAAUUUGGAUCAUUAAUAAAAAAUACACAUUGGGAUGGUUUUAAAAAAAGAAGUUAUUAUAAUUUACCUAAAGGUUUAUCAGCUUUAGGUAAUUUUCCAAUGUCAUUUCAUUAUGUUAUAGGGGAUAUGCAAUAUGGACUUGAAUAUUUAUUUUAUCACACAGAAGUUGUUGGUCGGACAUCAAGAAUUUUCAACAAAGUAUAUCUUAAUAAAGAGUCAAACACAACCUUUAUACUUGAUGAAAUAAAAAAAUAUGGAAAAUCCAAUUUUAAAUAUUAG